UUUGGGAUAUGUUCGGUUAAACGAAGCAUAUUCUUACAAUUUCAACCUGUUUGGUUUUGUUGUGUUAAAUGUGACUGCUACAAAGUUAAAAAGUCUGUAUGGGGUUCAUGUGUGUUUCUGUAGGACAGCUAUGGUCUGGAAAGUUCAGAGCCAGAUGUUUGGUCUUCUUUGAGGCAGUGUCUACAUUGUGGGUGUGCAUGUUUUAUAUGUUUAUAUGUUAAAUGUUUCUUCCUUUCAUUGUAAUUGGGGCAUGUAUGUGAUGGUCUCCCAGAUUCUUACAUGCUGACUCAAAUCUGUUAGGCGUCAAGGAGGGGAACAGACCCCGAAGAACUAAAGGGGGUCGUGCAUGGGGUUGGAAGGGCUGGGUCACCCACUGCCAAGUGCAGGUCGUGUCUGGGCCUCGAGCAGCAGGCACACAUGAGGCUGGCCUGCUGGCCUUUUGGCUUCCUGGAGGAGGCUCCCAUUGCCGAGCACCAGGAGUUUCCCCUGGCUCUGCUCCUUAGGAGUGUCCUUGGCUCACUGGGUUUUUAAGACGUGACCGAGAAAGGGGGAUACUUGAGACAGCACCUCUCUCCUUUCUCUGCUGUGUCACUGUAAGGCCCAGGUGCUUCCAUUGCUUUGUUCCCCAGCCCUGGGGCCAGUGACUGUGCCUGGCCACUUUUCCCUGAGACUGCCCCUCUCAUGGGACGUGCUGUGUGGGGACCUGGGGUUGCCAUCACCCCAGUGCCCGAGUAGGCCUAGAGCCCUCUGGAACCAUGUACCCUUCCCUAAUCUACCUAAUUAAUUGUCCACCAAGCCCUCAUGAUUCUGCAUCCUGUAUGCAUUUCCCUGGGAUCUGGCUUCUCCUCCCACCUGGAAUACUGCAGACUGCCUCUGCUUUUGCCUCCCUGGUCUCCCCGGACUUUUCCCAAAUUGCUCAGAUUUGCCUCCUAACCCACAGCCCAGGUAACUGUAGGCUCCAGGGAGCCCCCCGCAACACCCCACGAUUGGGAAAAGUUCUGGAAUCCCCUCCCCUGUGCCUCAGCCUUGCUGCCUCCUCACCUGACAACCUGCCUGCUGGGCACUGCUCUCCUUUUGAUUCCUGGCCCUCCCUGGCAUGGAUUCUGGACAGCCAUGGAGGCCCAGCUGGGAGUGAGUGCCCCUGGCAUCCUGCUGCUCCAGCAUACACACCCCUCACGUGGGUCCUGAUACCACUGAGGGCCGCCUCUCUGUUCCACUUUAUUGGGUCUCGUGGUGCUGAGCUGUGAUGAUGAGUGGCCCUGGGGGGGGGUCAUCCUCUUGGGGUCGGAGACUGUCAGCUCCAAGGAGGUGACUCAGGGCUGGAGGGCGAUGAGGACGUGCAGUCUGACAGCACAGGCUUGGUGCUGCCGUGCUGUGUACACAUGGUGUUCUGUUCUCGGGAUGUUGAUGGCCUCCUCUUUGGAGUGGGGGCUGUGCUGCCUGCGCCAAGGUGCAGUUGUGAGGAUGGCUGGAGACUGAGCACUAGGCUCUGACAAGGGGGCCUUCCCACGCCCUCCUCCUCUGGCUCCUCCCUGCCCUGGUCAGGCGGCUUUCCCUCCUGUGCCGUGUGCCAUGAGCCCGGCUCUGACUGCCCCUUCCCGCGGCAGGAGGAGCUGGAGCAUCUGAACCAGGCCAGCGAGGAGAUCAACCAGGUGGAGCUGCAGCUGGACGAGGCCAGGACCACCUAUCGGAGGAUCCUGCAGGAGUCGGCAAGGAAGCUCAACAUGCAGGGCUCCCAGCUGGGGAGCUGCAUCGAGAAAGCCCGGCCCUACUAUGAGGCCCGGCGGCUGGCUAAGGAGGCCCAGCAGGAGACCCAGAAGGCAGCACUGCGGUACGAGCGGGCUGUGAGCAUGCACAAUGCUGCCCGGGAGAUGGUGUUUGUGGCUGAGCAGGGUGUCAUGGCAGACAAGAACCGGCUGGACCCCACGUGGCAGGAGAUGCUCAACCACGCCACCUGCAAGGUCAAUGAGGCGGAGGAGGAGCGGCUUCGUGGCGAGCGGGAGCACCAGCGGGUGACGCGGCUGUGCCAGCAGGCUGAGGCGCGGGUCCAGGCUCUGCAGAAGACCCUCCGGCGGGCCAUUGGGAAGAGCCGCCCCUACUUUGAGCUCAAGGCCCAGUUCAGCCAGAUCCUGGAGGAGCACAAGGCCAAGGUGACAGAGCUGGAGCAGCAGGUAGCCCAGGCCAAGACCCGCUACUCGGUCGCCCUGCGCAACCUGGAGCAGAUCAGUGAGCAGAUUCACGCCCGGCGCCGGGGUCUUCCCCCUGGGCCUCCUGGCCAACGGCGCUCCUCCCCCGUGGGUGCCGAGGCUGGGCCUGAUGGCAGCGAGGACGGGGACAGCGGGAUCUUGGAGGGAGCUGACGGAGGUGGCCUGGAGGAGGGUGGCGGCCUGGGGCCCGGGCCCGGCCCUGACACAGACACGCUGAGCCUACUGAGCCUGCGCACCGUGGCCUCAGACCUGCAGAAAUGUGACUCCGUGGAGCACCUGCGGGGCCUCUCGGACCAUGCCAGCCUGGAUGGCCAGGAGCUGGGGCCCCGGAGCAGCGGACGAAGGGGCAGUGACAGCGGGGGCCGUGCAGGCUGCCACCAGCGCAGCAUCAGCCUGUAGCUCCGUUCGGCGUGGCUGGUCGUCUCUGUCACUGGCCUGGCGGGCAGGGCAGGCCCCGCGCCCUCUCCUGGGGUCUGGCUUCCCCAGGUGAGGUCAGGCUGGCCAGCUGAGUCCUGCCUGCGCGGCUUCCCACCCCGCACCCGCACCCCCACCCUUCCGUGCAGGUGGCAGCUCUUUGCCUUAUCCCUUCAGAGGGCUUGUGUCUGGCGCUCACAUCUCCCCUUGCCCUGCUGGCUGCCCACAGUCUGUCUGAUGCCCUCUGCUGUUUCUCCUUCCAGGGUCUGGCUUUUUCCUUCAGGGAACUUAGUCUAGGAGGCACAGCAAAGCCUGUCAGGGUGGAUGCUAGGCCCUCAGCUGCAGGAACUCCAGGUACCCUUCUCCCGGGGCUCCCUUGGGCUGCUUCAGAGCCCUCCUGGCCACCCUGCGUCCCGGGCCUCUGUCCCAUCCUGUGGGUGGCCUGUCGGAUGUGCUGUGGAAGACACUCAGCACUCCCUCGGGACCUCAGCCACUUUGCUAUGUGUGCCCCAAAGCAGGACGUGAAGGAUGGUGGUGUCAGGAAAGGUGAAACCGCCCCAGUGUCAGCAUCAGGGACACUCCCCAGUCCGUGCAGGCUCCCGAGUGCAUGGUGGUUCCCAGAUGGGCUGGGCCCUUAAUGCUGCCAAGGUGCUAGUGGGUCUCCAGCAGGGCCCAUGUCGGGGGUUGCACUGAGGGCCUGAUGGCUGAGGCCUUUGCUGUCUCUGCUGCAGUCAGGUUCACUCUUCUGGGACGAGGAACUGAGGAUGCCGGCCGACUCUCAGUGACCUCCUCUGGUGGAGUUAGGGAAUCUGGUGCUCAACUGCUGUCCCUUGCUCUUCCCUAAACCAAACAAUACCUACUCCCGGACCCCAUGGGGGGUGCUCCAGUCUGGCUGCUGAGUCUGCUGAUGUGCAGACAGGUUGGCUGGUUUGAAGGGCCCCACUUGCCACUGGGAGCAAGCAGUGUGUCCAACCUGUGUGGGUGGAAAGUGGGGAAGCCACACUGGAUCUGGGUGCCUUGGGAUAGCCAGUCCUCCGUCCUGCCCCAUCCCUGGGGGAGUGAGAGCUGGGCCUUGGGCAGGAGAGCUUGUGCCCAGGCUUGUGCGCUGCUGCCAUCGGCUGGGAGGGGUGGGCCUUCACGUGCAGGCGCCUCUCAUAGGUCACGAUGAGAACCGCCGGGUUUGAGGUGGCCAUGGGUGUAGGGAAGCAAGGAGGAAUUGGAUGAGUGUGCGUGCAUGUGCUGGUGUGUGUGUGGGUAAAGGGUCUGCCAUUGGUUUUAUUUAAAUAAAAUAGUUUAUGUAUGUAGCA